CAUCGCCUAAGCUCUGUAGUGCUUCCCACAUUUGACCGACAAGGAGCUGUACGUUACGCCUCUACUCUACGACUCACAUUCCCUCAUCACAGUGCUUAUCGAGCCAUAGGCUUGUGUAUACUUCUUGGUUAACGCUAGUUUUAUCUUGAGGACCAUCUGAUCAGGCGAUCUUGAUCUUGAAAUAUCAGCAGUAAUAUGAUCAAAUUUGGAUUAAUAUCUGUUGGGGUUCUUCUCGUGGUGGCUUGUGGACAUCUGCCGGGAGCAUGUUCGCAAACAGGGGGGUGUUCGGAUGUGGGAUGCGCAAAGGGCAAGAUGUGUAUUGAGGAAGCCGGCAAUGUGACGUCCUGUGUGUGUCCUCAAGUCUGUCUGGACGAGCGUAUAACUGUGUGCAGCGUAUACGUACUAGAGUUUAAUAAUCUUUGCGAACUGCACAAGUUUGCUUGUCGCUACGAAAUACCUAUUGGUGUGGCCUCCAUGGGGCCUUGUGAUGUACAAGCUCUGAGACAAUCCUCAGGCCAGAAUGUGUCGGAGUGUGCGAGAGACAAUCUACUUCAAUUCGGAGAGCGCUACUUGGAGUGGAUACUCAUAAGCAGGCGGAGACUAGUUAACCGCUAUUACCAAGUCAAGGAAAGCGAGAAGGGCCACAACUUACCUCCGGAUAUGCGCAAAGAAUUAGCUCAGUGGGAGUUUGACAGAGUGGACUUCAAUCGUGACGGAGUCCUUUCCGGUCGGGAAAUCAACUCGAUCAUAGGACCGCUGCUCUUUCAUGAGAGGUGCAUAUACGGUUUUGUCAUGUCCUGCGAUGUGAACAAGAACUCUGUAAUCGAUAAACAGGAGUGGCUGUUGUGCUUUCCUGCAUUUGGUAUAAUCCGCGAUUGAAUGGAGCAAAUGAUGCAAUGGAGCAAGUGGUGCAAUGGUGCUUGAUGCAAAUGUAGCAAUGACAAUAUAGUGUGUGCCUCUACAGGUCUCCCCAUGACAGGUUCUCCAAUAGGGUUGUGGAUUCCAGAACCUAGUGAGUGAAAUCUGGAUCCUUAGUGUGUGGAUUCCGGCUUACCUGUCAUGGUGCGAAACAGAGUGGCUUGUUUGAUGGCAAUGGAAACAAUGUUGAGAUACACUUUGUAAUGUUUUUAAUUAGUUUCAAGGAAAUACAAGCAAAUAUUUACUCUGUCACCAUUUUUAUUUCUGUUACAGCGAGGUCGUCUGAAACGACCGAGUGGAGACGGCAGUACUAAUCAAUAAAAAGCGGGCUUCUGCCAAACUAUGCACGCAAGGGGAAGCUGGUCUCAAUAUGACCAGCUUGCUGUGCAUGCAUCGCAUGGCAGUUUUUGUUUUAAUAAAGUUGUUAUUUUUUACAGUG